AAAUGCGACAAAAAACAUACCUAGCCACACAUAAAAAUAAGUCAGCAUUGAAAGGUAGUUUCCAACCUUGUUUUCCAACUUUAGAGGAAGAAAAAGAGCUUCAUUAAAUUUUCUUAUUAUUAAAAUUAUUAUUACUAGUUAACUAGCUUGGAACCAUGCAAUAUUCUUUUUCUUCAACUUCUUGUUCACUAUGUUUAUGUCUAGUCUUUCACCUCCUUAUCAUUUUCUCUACCACCACCCCGACGGUGGCAGUAGUAAAGCUGCCUCCGAAUGUGACGGUUACUGCGAUCCUGGCGUUCGGAGAUUCGAUCAUUGAUCCCGGGAACAAUAACAACAUCAAGACGAUUAUCAAGUGUAAUCACCCUCCUUAUGGUCAGGAUUUCAUGGGUGGCAUUCCUACUGGCAGGUUCAGCAAUGGAAGAAUCCCUACUGAUUUUUUAGCGCAAGAAUUAUCAAUAAAGGAUUAUGUACCAGCUUAUUUGGAUGCCAAUUUAAGUCCAGAUGAUCUCCUAACCGGUGUCAGUUUUGCUUCUGGAGCUGCUGGUUUUGACCCUUUGACUUCUAAAGUUGCGUCAGUGAUAUCACUAUCACAGCAGCUAGAACAUUUUAAAGAAUACAUAGAGAAAGUGAAGCAACUAGUUGGGGUUGAGAAGACCAAUUUCAUUUUGGCAAACACUGUUUACUUUGUUGUUGCUGGAAGUGAUGAUAUUGCCAACACUUAUUUUGGUACUCCUUUCAGAAGAUUUCAUUAUGAUAUUCCUUCUUACACUGAUCUUAUGCUUCACUCUGCUUCUUCAUUCAUCCAGGAGUUAUAUGGACUUGGGGCGCGAAGGAUAGCAGUAUUUGGUGCACCUCCCAUAGGAUGUGUGCCAUCACAAAGAACCCUAGGAGGAGGAAUUGUGAGAGAAUGUGCUGCAAAUUACAACGAAGCUGCUAUAUUGUUCAAUUCUAAGCUGUCUCGUGAACUUGAUUCUCUCACUCAAAAGCUUCCUAACUCAAGGGUUGUCUAUAUUGACAUUUACACCCCUUUGUUUGAUAUUAUUCAGAAUCCGGCUAAAUACGGGUUUGAGCAAGUGGUGAAGGGUUGUUGUGGCACAGGGUUAAUAGAAGUAACGUCGUUAUUGUGCAACAAGUUAGAUGCAGUAUGUCCAGAUGAUACAAAGUACUUAUUCUGGGAUAGCUACCAUCCCACUGAAAAAGGUUAUCAGGUUCUCCUUAGCUUGCUCAUUGACAAAUAUAUCAGCCGCCUUUAUUGAUACAUCAUCGAGUUCAACUUAAAUUAUUACUAGUACUAUAUGUUUAUAGUACUAAUUUUUUUUUUAUAAUUUUUUAUUUAUUUUUCCCUAUGUUAUUAAAUAAUUCCUUUCGGCAUUAUUGGUAAGAAAUUAAUACCAAUGCAUUGCUCUUGAGUCUUGAUUGUUGUAGCUUCAUUCUAUGUAAUGAUUUUCAUUCAUUUUUUUUCAUUUUAUUUUGUUCACAUUUACAAUACGUACAAAUUCGUUUUACUUGUAUAUCAGCCCGCACAUAUAUAAAAUUACACACCCGCGGGAGUAUUUGUGAAAUUCACAAUAUAAAUUGGUAUUACAAAGCCCAUGUUAUCCA